AUCCAAUAUUUGACUGUAAAGGAUUUGAGUCAAAAUACUCAUUAUAGUUUCAUUUAUUUAACAAGUAAAAAAGUUAAUGCUAUAUUUCAAAAAAGUUUUUAUUUAAAGGUUAUCUAAAUUUGUAUUUUUAUAUUUUCUUUCUUGGAAAAAAAAUCUAUAUAUGUAUUUCUUCGGCCCACCAUUAGCAAUAUUAUUAUUAAGAGAAUAAAAUUGCAGGAUGAUGACCACUUUUUUGUUUUUUUUAGUUUCUUUGUUGAGUUUUAUUACAACAGAAAGUCAAUUUGUUGAUAUCACUAUACUUCAGAGUGCUGUUGCAAAAGGAGCUGUUUGCUUGGAUGGAACUCCACCAGCAUACCAUCUUGAUAGAGGAUCAGGUACAGGAGUGAACAAUUGGGUGAUAUCAAUUGAGGGAGGUGGAUGGUGCCAACAUGUUAACCAAUGUUUCGUGCGGAAGAAUACUAAUUUGGGAUCUAGUGCAAAAAUGGCAAGCCAAUUUCUGUUCAAUGGGAUUUUGAGUACUGAUUCCAAGUUUAAUCCAGAAUUUUACAAUUGGAAUAGAGUUUACGUUAGAUAUUGUGAUGGUGGAUCCUUCACCGGAGAUGUUGAAGCAAUUGAUCCGGGUACUGGACUUCAUUAUAGAGGGGCAAGGAUAUUCAAAGCUAUUAUGGAGGAAUUAUUGGCCCAGGGAAUGAGAACAUCUCAAAAUGUGAUCCUCUCUGGAUGUUCAGCAGGAGGAUUGACAACAAUCUUGCAUUGUGACAACUUCAAAGCAUUACUAUCAAUAAGUGUUAAAGUUAAAUGCAUUUCAGAUGCUGGCUAUUUUAUUGACCACAAAGACAUUUUAGGAAACACAUAUUUUGAACAGUACUACGAUGAUGUUGUUACUUUACAUGGCUCCGCCAAGAAUUUGCCACCAUCAUGUACUUCAAAGUUGAAACCAGGUUUGUGCUUUUUUCCUCAAAAUGUGGCUCAAGAAAUUCAAACGCCGUUUUUCUUUAUAAAUUCAGCCAUUGAUUCUUGGCAGGUAAGAAACAUUUUGGUGGCUCCUGGUACUGAUCCUCAGGGUGUCUGGAAAAGCUGCACAACUAAUAUACACAGUUGCACACCAUCUCAACUCAAAGUUCUUCAAGGUUUCAGAUUGGACUUUUUAAAGGCAUUCGAGGGCCUAGGGCCAUCUUCAACAAGAGGAUAUUAUAUUAACUCUUUCCUUGUGCAUUGUCAAGCAACAAAUCAAGCCCGUUGGUUUGGUCCCAAAGCACCUAGAUUAUUCAACAAGACAAUAGCUGAAGCAAUAAGAGAUUGGUUUUGGGACAGAGAUCUGUUUCGACAGAUUGAUUGCCCUUAUCCUUGUGACAAAGCAAGUGUGUGAAGGCAAUGACAUAAUUAGUUCAUCAGAUAUAUAAUUAUUACAUGUCUCUUUCUUUGAAAUUGAUAGAGAGGAUUGUGAUAACUGAAGAAGGAUAAAUUCAUUGAGUUGACACACUGUAUCAUCAUAGAAGUGAGAUUUAUAUAUAGAUGUGGACAAAAUCCUACUUGAAACAUUGUGUUUUCUUCAUUUAUCCAUCAACUUGCAAGUGUUUUCAGUGUUUUGAUC